AUGUUACUGUUUUAUGAGACGCUCUUUGAGGGGCAUAAAGUGCUCGAAUGCGCUCUCGUUAUUAGGCAACUGUCUACGGAGGAAACGCCCUCAAAAUGUAACAAUCGUGAAUCAGUGUCUAACAAAAAACUUGGACAAUCACAUGUGAUUGCCGCUGAGGGAGAGCAUAAAUCGUCCACCGCUCUAAAGGAGGCCGCCAAUGUCUUGAUGGAAUCUCCCUUUGCCCUUCAUUUGCGUUAUCUUCAGACACUUAAUGCUAUUUCGGCGGAGAAGAACUCGACUAUCAUAUUUCCCCUUCCACUGGGACUGCUGGGAAGCCUUUUGGGCAGAAAUUAA